CUCGAGAACUUCAUGCUAAGGCUGAAUCCAAGAAUCCAAUGAUCCUGUACUAGAACAAGGUUACAGAAGCAAUCAAGCACGCAGACGCAAGCAAAAAUUAGAAAGAAUAGUAGUAGCAGGGAGAGAGAAAAAGAGAGACUCCAAACGAAAGAAGAAAAGGAGACUGAGACAAUCCGAACCAAAGUAAAAGAACCAAAGAGUCUCCCCACGUUCACCCGUACCUAGAGAACUUAAAGCCACGGAGAUGCCGAGCGCUCCUUCCACUCUCCCUCUCUCCGCGGCCCCAAUGGACACCUCCUCCUCCCCCUCCUCGGCACCCAACCCCCUCGCCGCCGUCUCCUCCUUCCUCCAGCACCACCUCUCCCGCCUUGGUUCCGAGCUCUCCGCCCGCAUCAACGACGGCCGCCGCCUCGUCCGGGCCGCCGGCGCCGCGGCCCGCCCCCCCGCCGCCCCCUUCGCGGCGGCUUCUCAGGGGGCGUGGGGCGGCGCCGCCGCCCAGGGUAAGCACGCCUUCGACCUGGCCCUGAGCCCGGAGUAUGUCGCCAAGACGCUCGCCGGAACGGCGGUGUACACGGUGAGCAACUCCAACAACGAAUUCGUCCUCGUCUCCGACCCUAACAAUGGCCUCCGCUCCCUCGGCCUCCUCUGCUUCCGCCAUGAGGACGCCCAGGCCCUCCUUGCGCAGGUUCAGCUUCGGCAACCGGUUUUAGGGAAGGGGGCAAGAGUGGUGCCCAUUACCCUUGAUCAGGUUUAUAUGCUGAAGGUUGAAGGAAUUGCAUUUCGGUUUUUACCUGAUCCUCUGCAAAUAAAGAAUGCACUAGAGUUAAAAUCUGCAGAUUUAUCGAGAGCUUUGAUGGAGUUCCCUGUUUUUCAGCCAACCUCUACCAUUGAUGCUGUUGCAAGAUUGGACCAGAAAGCUUUUUUUUUUUUUUAUUUAUGCUCAGUCUUAUAUUUGGUGACAAUCUAUCAUUUCUGCGUGCAGUCAGAUCUUUUAGUUGUUAAGAAGAAGAACAAGCGUUAUUGCCCAAUAUAUUUUCAAAAGGAAGACAUAGAGAGAGAACUAUCAAAGGUUUCUAGGGCAUCAAGAGGUUCAGGUGUUUCUCAGCAUAUCAUGGUAUGUGGGAAUUUGGAAGAUGUUCUGAAAAAGAUGGAGAUGAACGAUAAGAAUUCUGGAUGGGAUGAUUUGAUUUUCGUCCCUCCAGGAAAAAGGCCAUGCCCAGCACAUUAAUGAGGUGCAGCAUGAUACACAUGGCAUCUGAAUGCAUCAUAUAAAGAAGGUCUUGAGAUGUAUGUAUUCAC